AUGCUGGAGACGGCGAAGACCCAAGGUUGCGGGGAUGUUGAAAUUAUUGACGUGACGAGCGAGGUCAUCCGAGACUACUGGAACGAGCCCAAUGUGUCCACAAACGGCGGUACUGUCGCAGGCCAAUCUCACAAGGCGCCAGACCAGCAGGACCUGAAAGAUCAACAACCGCGUGGAUCCCCAAAAUCUUCAAAAGACAGUACGGCUUCCACAAUUUCAGGUCAGCGAGACGACGUGGUCUCGCUGACCGCUGCUGGUAGCUCCGGGCCGGCUACCGAUCCUGCAUCAGCUCCUGUCACACCGGCCCCAGGUUAUCUUCCAAACCUCGAGAGAUCAGGGAGUAUUUUGUCGCCGCAUUCGUACGAUAUGAUUCAGUCCGCAGCUGCCCAACUGCUCGACCUAGGAUGCUCAGCCUCAGGGGUGCCUCCUGAUGUCCAUGCUUCUCAAAGUGCGUUGUUGCACCCGACAAACCACAGCAGCAAUCCGAGCAUUGCUAGUCCAGGUUCCGAGGGCAUGUCGCACGAUGGUAUAUUCUUGCCUGGUUCAGCAUACCUGGAAUUCCACUCUGCUUUGAGGAGUCAUACCUUCAACGCAGCGCGCUCUGCUUUCCCAAGUCGAUGUGGAACACCAGAGUCCCCAGAGACUGCGCACACGACGAUCCGAGCUGAAGGCCAGUCCGUCGAGGAAAAUUUAUCGCUGAACGUUCAUACGUCGGAGACGGUAUCACCGUUAGAGGAUGUAGCUUUAUCCCGACCAACGCCUAGACUCAGCGAGCUGUCACAACAAGAAGAAUUUGAGUUGUGGAAGAACUGGGUAGAUGAAAUCGGUCCGUGGCUUGACAAGUUUGACAACCAUCGCCGAUUUGUUCGCGUCUUGCCACCAUUGGCACGUGAACACCCUCACUUGAGGUUCUCCAUGCUUGCACUCUCUGCUCGGCAGUUGGAACGCAAAUUUCCGAACCGGCCUGCAACGAGUCUAGGACUGUACCAGGAAGCUAUCCAUCAGCUCGUUCCGCAGCUGCAGACAAGGACGACUACGGUCGUGGCGUCGUGUGUUGUGCUUUGUGUUCUUGAGAUGAUGAGCUGCUCUCCAAAAAUGUGGCGUCGACAUCUCGAUGGUUCCGCCAGUCUGAUUCUAUCACUGGGCAUCAAUGGCUUUUCUGGGGGAUUGGAGCAAGCCCUUUUCUGGUGCUUUGCACGCAUGGAUGAGCGGACAAUCAUUCCAAUCGAGAGUUGGUUGCCAAAGCCAGCUGCCGAUGACAGCAUACGGAUUGCUUACAGCGCUGCCGGCUUCGACAUGUAUGCCAAUUAUAUCGUCCACCUCUGUGCCGAAGCCAUGGACCUAUUUGUCAGCAGCACAGGGAGCCGCGAAGAUUUCAGUAGGCGCUGGAGCAGUCUUUUUUCGCGUCUCAGCGACUGGUACCAUUUCCGGCCGCCAGAGAUGCGACCUGUUCUCGAUCUGCCACAAUUAGAGACUGAGCCUGAACGCCCCUUUCCUAUCCUCUUGUUCUCCAACCCCUCCGCUAUUUCUGGCAACCAAAUGUAUCACACGGCGGCGCUUCUCAUGCUGCAAAGGAUCCCUCGAGGCAUAAAGCUACCACAUGGAACUCGGUCCAUGCUCUGGCAUGCCCGUAGGAUCUGUGCCAUCUCGAUAUCGAACACCGAUCACGCCUGCUGGACCAACUGCAUACAGCCCCUGUGGAUUGCAGGCCGCAUCAUGUCCAACCCAUCCGAGCACCGUGCAAUCCUCAAGACGUAUGAGCUCAUCGAGAAAGAGACUGGCUGGGGCGCUAAGUGGCGAGCUGAUGACCUCAGAACAUUCUGGGGAGACCUCGAUGGAGGGUGA